GUUCCGCCGCGACCGGUGUUCUCGUCCGUCACGCGUGCGUCCGUUAGACGUUUUCUGUGCGUUUGUAUUAUUUAUAUAUUAUAAAUAUUUGAAAAGUAUAAAAAAAAAACUACUCCAACAGCUACUGUUUCUUCUCUGGUCCUCGGGAAAAGACGAUCGACGAGUUCCGUUGUCCGGAUUUUGUUUUUUUUUUUUUUUUUUCCAUCUUCGCGCGUAUAUUGUUGUAUCUUUCCGGUUCCCAUCUCGGGUCGGGCGCACCACCGACCUCGGUGGCUUUUCAUACCGCGAGUUCCGUAUUUUUGUUGUUUUUUUUUUUUUUUCCUGCAACCAUGCAACCCAGCAACGGGUCCAAAGACUCCUCGGCACCGGUGCCCGAGAAGACCGGCGCCGCCGGUGGAAACCAACAGUUCUGCCUGAGAUGGAACAACUACCAGAGCAACCUGACCAACGUGUUCGACCAACUGCUGCAGAACGGCACGUUCGUGGACGUGACCAUCGCCUGUGACGGGCACACGCUGAAAGCGCACAAGAUCGUCUUGUCCGCGUGCAGCCCUUACUUCCAGAGCAUGUUGGCCGAGAACAAGUGCAAGCACCCGAUAGUUAUACUCAAGGACGUCCAGUGGCCAGAGCUGAGGGCCGUCGUGGACUUCAUGUACAAAGGCGAGAUCAACGUGUACCAGGAACAGAUCGGUCCGCUGUUGCGCGUGGCCGAGACGCUGAAAGUUCGCGGGCUCGCCGACGUCAGUAACGAACAGCUGACCGGCGGUGGCGGUGCCGGCGAACCGCAGACCGCCGCCGCCGCUACAGUGGUCACGCCGGCCGCUACGUCCGCCGUGGCCGCGCCCGAAUCACCGAAACAGCCGGCCCGCAAGCGGCACAGGCUGUCGUGCAGCCCCGAGACGAUCAUGUCGGAACCGGGACAGGCUGACACGCCGCUCAACUUGCACCACAUGCCGCCGCCGGCGCCGGCACCGCAUCAUCCGACGCAGACGUCUUCGAUUCCACAGGCUCAGCACCAACAGCAACAACACCAACAACACCAACACCACCAGCAACACCAUCAACACCACCACCACCACCAACAACAACAACAACAGCAGCAGCACCACCAACAGCAGCAGCAUCAACAACAACAACUACAGCAGCAGCAAACUCAACAGAGUUCUCAACACGUGCACCAACAACAGCAGCCGGCGCCGCCACCGCCGCCGCCUCCACAGUCUUCGAUUCCGCCGCCUCUUCCGCCUAGCAGCGUGGCCGACGACUUGGAGAUCAAGCCCGGUAUAGCCGAAAUGAUCCGCGAAGAAGAAAGGGCUAAAAUGUUUGAGAGUUCUCAAGCUUGGCUGGCAUCCACCUCUUCACCCAUGACCUCCGACAGUUAUCAGUAUCAGCUACAGUCGAUGUGGCAAAAAUGCUGGAACACCAACCAGAGUCUAGUGCACAACCUGCGGUUCAGAGAACGCGGUCCGCUCAAGUCGUGGCGACCCGAGACAAUGGCCGAAGCUAUACUGUCUGUGCUCAAGGAAGGCCUAUCUCUGUCCCAAGCCGCCCGCAAGUACGACAUACCUUAUCCCACGUUCGUGUUGUACGCCAACCGAGUUCACAACCUACUGGGACCGUCGGCCGACGGAGGUGCAGACCUGAGGCCCAAAGGCCGGGGACGUCCUCAACGAAUACUGUUGGGCUUUUGGCCCGAAGAUCACAUUCAAAACGUCAUCAGAACCGUGGUGUUCAGAGACGCGCAAAACAUCAAAGAAGAAGCGUUACACUUAUACCCUAGACUACCGUGUUUGCCCGACCCAAUAUCAGGCGGUCAUUACGGUAACAACUCGCUGCCGUCGGGCGAAGGGCCCGUGUCGCCCAACUCCGCUGCCGCCGCCGUUGUGGCCGUUGCCCAGGGCAUCCGGCAGCAGAUGAUGGCCGCGGCCGGCCACAACAUCUCACCGUCGUCGGGCGUGGACGCGUUCGCCCUGUUGGCCUCGUCACACCUGCCCAGUCCAGCCGACAUGUCACCCAACUCGACACCUCCGGACUCGCCACUGGUGUCCAACAACAACGUGGAGGUUAGUCUGAGCGGUUACAAGAGGUCCAUCGACGGUCAUCACCACAACCACAACCACCACCAUCACCACCACUCGAACCAGGAUAGCGUUUUCGUGGAGGACAUCGACGAGUUGGUUAAGAACAGUCACUGCUCCGGUGGCUCGUCCAUGAACAACACUAUCGACCAGCAGCCUUUGCCGUUGGUCAUCGAACAGAGGACUGAUUAAAAAAAAAAAAAAUAAACAUUGUUUGUAAAAAGAGCCGACUGAUUAUAAUAAACACUAUCAAUAUCUAUAUCUGAAACACGCAGACCCACAUAAAUAAAUGUAUAUAAAUAUAAAAAUAUUACACAAAAAAAAAAAAACGAACAAAA